AUGACAGCACGACCUCCACGUGAAGAUCCAUUUGGGCAGCGUUUUCUGAGGGAUGAAGAAGCUGUCUUUGAUUAUAAUGCGUGGGAUGGAGUCGACUUUCCUGAAGAAAAACUCGCAGAAGUCGAAGCAGCCUUGGAGAAUCAGAAACUUUCAGCGGUGGACGACAAAUUGGCCGAUGAAUUGAGGAAAGAUGCUCAAGGGAAGUGGGAUUCCUUUUACGAAACACACAGCGACAAAUUCUUCAAGGAUCGGAAAUGGUUAACCCGAGAGUUCCCUGAAGUUUUCCAGUCAACGGUAAAAUAUUUCUCUAUUAUUUUUACGUUGUUAGGGCAAAAUACGAUGUAUGGACGUUGGUUGUGGAGUUGGGAACACCACUUUCCCUUUGCUGGCGGCCAAUCCGAAUUUGUUCAUGUAUUCAACCGAUUUCGCAGCAAACGCCAUCGAAAUCCUGAAGAAAUCGGAGGAGUAUAGCGACGAUAGAUGUUGUGCUUUUGUGUGGGAUAUUACGGAUGGGGAUGCAGUAUUGCCAGUAGAAGAGAAGAGCCUGGAUUACAUCUUUUGCGUCUAUGUUUUGUCAGCUCUACCUCCGGAAAAAGCUUUGGAUGGAGUAAAGAAUCUAGUGAGGUUAUUGAAACCUGGUGGUAUGAUAUGUGUAAAGGACUAUGGCAGGUGUGUUUUGUCCUUAUUUUGCUAAUGCUUGUGUCAAUUUUUGUAUUUAUUUUAUAUUAUAUUACUUUAGACAUGAUCUCACUCAAUUACGAUUCAAAAAGCAGCGUUAUAUCGACGAUAAUUUUUACUGCCGAGGCGAUGGGACUCUAGUCUACUUUUUCACGCAAGAUGAGCUUCAUGAUCUCUUUGAAAAAGCUGGUUUGGAGAAGGUGGAAAAUUGGGUUGAUAAAAGAUUGGUCGUGAACAGGGCGAAAAAGGUGACCAUGUACAGGAGGUGGAUGCAAUGUAAAUACAGAAAGCCUGAUUGUUAA